AGCACAAGCCAGAGAGAGUUGUAGUCGCGGGAAAAAUGGCGGAACAUGGUGGAUUCUUCACGUUAUCAUUACCAGCGAUACAAAACGUUGCAUUUUAAGCCUCAUCCAUUGUCUGCAUGCUUGUGUCACAGCUCUGGGUUAAGAGAGGAAUGCAAGAUGCAAAAAGAUUCAAUGAACGUUGCCACCUCUGGCCCCAUGACACAGAAUGAAGUUCUCAAUCAAGAGUCUGAAAUCAAGUCUUUCAGGUGUAGUCACUGUACACUCCUCUUCAAAUCUAAGGUCUACCUUUUUGAACACCUCCACCAGGUGCAUGGCUUUGACGUAGAUUCUGCUCUCCGAGAUGUUGGCUUAAAAUACCCUGGGUCUAACAAAGCCAACACUGAAAACCUUUGCAACAGUUCAGGACAUAAUUUUGAAUGCCAGCACUGUGAUUUUACAGCUUGUAGCCUGGACACUUUAAACCAACAUGAGAAACAAUGUAACAAAAAUGUUGAAGAUCAGAACAUAAUUGGAAAUCUAAUUAUUUCUGAAAACCCAGAGACCGACAAAAAUGUCAUUUCAUCAAACCAGCACAGUGAAACCGCAGGAGCAAAAGAGAUUUCCUCCAUUUUUUCAGUUAUGUCUACCUCAAACUCUAAAUGCAAACUUAACUCCUCAAAAGAUCUGAAAACAUACAAGAGGCCCUUGCAAACCAUUACCAAGUACUUUGCAGCAGCAUCUGGAUCAAAUGGGAAGUUAGCCGAUGACACAAAGCUUCUAGACAGCUCCAAAGGAACCAUACUUUUGCAAGAAUCUCCAUCAAGCCCCAGCCCAAACAGUAGCGGUGUCUUUAAAGUCACUGCCAAACACAACAUGAUUGAUACUGGUGUUUCUCAUCGGUUUUUGCUAAAUGAUCACUUGUUGAAUUCUGACAGGAGAUCACCAAAGCCCAAGGAACAAUCCAUUGAAACAGUUCCUGACAAUGUUGUCAAAAGGACCAACAAGGAAAGCUCAAAACCUCCUCCUGCUAAAAAAGCAAAGUCAGUCAAAAAUGAGACAAAGCUCCCAGAGGACGCAAACGCAAGAAAACAACGAUUGUCAAGCAACCCAGAGUUUUCAUUUGAAGUUAGCGAAGAUGAAGGAGAAAACAAGCUUUGUCUUGUCAAUGGAAACACGGAAAGCACAAAGGUUUAUUUUUGUAAGCACUGUGACUACAGUGAUAUGGAAAUCCCAUGCGUGUCUACCCAUUAUCAGAACAAACACCCUUAUGUAAGAUAUAACGCUGCUUACAUUCAGGAUCCAAGUGAUGAGAGUGCUACCUUUCGUUGUCUGCAGUGUCCAGUGGAGUUUGUAAGUGAAGCUUUCCUAAAGAGACACUACACUGAAAAUCAUCCAGAGGCCCUAAAUGUAUUCACACUACUAUCACGUGAACUUAGUUUGGUUUUCAAAUGUUUUGUUUGUACGUUUACCACCAAUGUAUUGAAGGCUUUGAAAGAACAUUACAAGGAAAAUCAUCCAACGCAUAAAGUGGAUAAUUCCUUAAUGUACUGCAGAUAUUCGGUGACUGGAUGCCAAAAGGGAUCAUCUCAGUCAAAUAUGUGUGACAAACCACCCAGUCCAGAAAGACAAGGAGGUAUUUCUCCUGAGAGGGCCUGCACACCAUCUAAGGAAGUCCAAAAUGCACCCUCACCCCAACAUUCCACCUCCCCGGGAGCAAACGUGGCCUUGUAUCAUUGCAAUAACUGCAAUUUUAGUCACAAGUCAGUUGUUGUCAUGCAUGUCCACUACCAAAAAAACCACCCAGGUGAAGAAGUCACAAUAGACAAAAUCAAACAGUCAUCUUGUGUCCCAUCACAUAGAACAUCACAGAUUAUGCCAGUCAAGUCUCCAAACUCUGUGAAAAUAACAGAAAAAUCUGCACCUCAAACGAAAAGCUCAGAUUUUUUUAAGAAAACAAAAGAAAAAGGUGAGCUGUCACAGUGGAAACAAGCAACAGAAGCUUCUAAGACUCAUUCAGAGUCUCCUAAAACUAAGAAAGUGGAAUGUGCAACAAAACAUAAAAACAACAUAGAAACAGAAACAGAGUCUCCUGAAACUAAGAAAGUGGAAUCUGCAAAAGACCAAAGUAAAAAGAAGAAGUUGCCUACCAAACACAACAGGCAAGUAUCUGCUAGAAUGGACGGUUCAUUCUGCAGUUCAACGGCUAAAUUGUUUUACUGUCAGUUUUGCAGUUAUUCAAGUACCAAAAUCAAAAGUGUUAUUGGUCAUCAUAAUGCAAAACAUGCUAUGCAUGCACUAACAAGUAUUAAAGAGAUCUUAAUGUAUAGUGCUGAGGUGCAGAAAAAGAAACUUAAAAGUGAAGCUGAGGCCUCAGCAAGUACUACGUCUUCUGAUUCUAAAACUAAUAAACAUGAUGUAUAUAGUGAAAAAAAGCUUCAACAUGAAGAGGAUAAGGCAGAAAAUGCUUUGGUGAUGAAGUGUAAUGAUUAUGCAUGUGCAGAAAACUUGUUUUACUGCCAAAAGUGCAACUAUGGAAAUCCAGCUGUAAUUGGAGUAGUGAGCCAUCAAAACCAAGUUCACAGAGACCUUCUUUACAGCAGGGAAAGUAUUAUUGAACAUACAGCUUUGAUUCGUGAUGAAAUUGAAAAAUCUAAAACUCAACCAAAGGAGUUAUCUUUUUCUACGCGCCUACCUCUUCCUCUUAUGAAUGAGGGUGAUGAAGAUAUGCUUUUCUGCCACUUUUGCAACUAUAGACAGAGGACUAUGGACUACAUAUUGCGGCAUUACAGCAAAAAACAUCGUGGAUUUGUGGUUAAUGGCGAACAAGUCCGUCAGUAUACCUCUAUGGUUCAUGAGAAGACCCAGAAAUUGCACCUACAUACAACUGGAAAACAACUUAAUGUCAACCAUACAUCCCUAUGGGGAACGGGAAAAGAAAAAACAAAGAAGCAUGGCAAAUCCUUCUUAGCAUCCCCCUCAAUGACAGCCUCACAAACACAGAGGAUUCUUCAGUGCUAUAGAUGCCCAUACCGCACUCCAUAUGUAAAUGUUUUAAAGAGGCAUAUAUGGAAAAUCCACAAGGCAAAUCGCUCAGUGACCGAUGUUUUAAGAAUGUGUUUCAAACAAGGAACUUUAAAGGCAGGGUAUCACUGUGACACAUGUGCUUUUUCUCACAAAGAAGCAGCAGCAGUCUAUAAACACUAUCAGGCACAACACCCAGGACGUAGACCAAGCCUUGAGUAUGUGAAUACUCGGUUGUACGUUGGCUCUGAUACAGGUCCUCCUGAAACGAAGAAACCUCGAAUAAAACACAGCGUUGGAAUUAGUGAUAGUGAUGGCACUGAUGGCAGCUUGUCAUCUCAAAGAUCUGGACUAAAUGAAACCAAGACCUAUUCGUGCAGAGCAUGUUCAUUUAAAGAUAGCUCCAUGUCAGCCAUCGUACGCCACUAUCAUGCUGUUCAUCCGUGGUCUGUGAAAGAAGACGGCUCUGUCCUGAAUGUCAUCAAGAGGAAGAGAUCAAGUGCAAACAGGCAGGUGGAACACCACAAUGAAAUGCCUGGCUCAUUUGAAUCCUACCAAGAGCCCCUGGAAUUUGACAUGUCAUCUGGUUCUCCUAAAGCAACGGCGUCCUCCGCAAUGCUCUGGUGCCCUUUCUGUCCUGCAAGGUUUCACAACCAGCACGGUCUCAACGUCCACUGUGGAAUUAAACACCAUGAAGCUGUAUCGGAAAAUUCAGAACAACAGCAAGAGCAAGUCCAAGCACGCAUGCAUGUCUUUAAGUGUCCACAUUGUACCUACAUAAAUACCCGUCAUCAAGGAAUUCUCACUCACUGCCAGAUGAAACAUCCCACCCUCGCAUCCAGGGCGGACAGUCAUCACGUGGGUGAAGCGCAUUUAAACAACUCGGGUGACUGUUUGAAAAUGAAUAGCUCUGGUGGCAAUUUGAGACUUGGUGGCUACAUGUGUGAAACUUGCCCACAAAUCUGUGCAACGCAGGAGAAGCUGAACAAGCACUGCAAGAAGGACCAUAGUGAGACUGUGGCAAAAACUGUUCCAAACACACUGAAACCUGCGCCUAAACCAUUGGCUCUGUGUACAAUGAAACAACAUAAGACCCUAAGCAAAAGGGGAUCAGUAUCGCAGGCUUCUUUUUUAAGGAAGAAUAUAAAUGCAGCAGUUAUGUGCCAGCACUGCUCUUAUAGGUGCACCACACAAAUUGCGCUUGGUCGACACUUGCAGGUUCACCACAAGAAUGUAUCUGUUUCAGUGGUUAAGGAUGGUGUGUACAAGUGUGUCCUGUGUUGUAAAUAUUAUUUUAAGAAAAAACGACUUGGAAGCCAUUAUAUUAAGAAACAUGGAAAGGACAGCUUCUUGAAAUAUUAUGCACCAGUAUACAAGCAGGCUCAUGAGAGGCAAACGAAAAACAAUAGUGAGACAUGUAAAUCUAGCACGACAGCGGAAAACAAAAAAUUACUAGUCUACAAGUGUCCAAGUUGUCCCUAUGUUAAUGCAAGCUACCAUGGCAUACUCACUCACUGCCAAAUGAGGCACCCAGACGUCAUAGCCAGGGCAGAUCAACUUCAAACAGAUGAAAUACUUGUAACCAACAUGGUUAAGUGUUCAAUUGGAAAAGCUUCUAAUGAACGAGGUUACAUGUGUAAAAUAUGUCCACUAAUUUAUGCAUCAUUGAAGAAACUGAAAAUCCACUGUGACAGGGACCAUGAUCAGGCUCAGGCAGCAGCUUCGGAACAUUCAGCUGACAUUGAAACUGAGAAACAACCUGAUCACAGCUGUCAGGGCUCCGCAUUGGAGGCUUUAAAAAGCAAAACCUCAGCAGUGAGCGCCACAGAAAUCAGAGCCGGAAACCAGUUGUGCACUCCAGACCCGCUUUCAGUACAGAACAAGCAAACGUUGUACAAAUGCCACAUUUGUACUUAUAAAGGAUUCUUCCGCAGAUACUUGCAAAGUCACUACAAAAAGGCUCACAGACUGGACCCAUUUACCAUUUACAAGCUGCUCGAGAAGUACAACAAACGCAAACGCUGUAGUCCCAGCAAACUGCCUGAAGCUGAAGCUGAGGAAAGUGCACCCAUCCAAUGCAGGAAGUGUCCAGAGUUGAGGUUUGACUCUUCCAGGCUUCUUGCGGCCCACUACAGUAUUUUUCACAGCUCAGAUAGCAUACUGGACUUCAUUGUGUUAUCACAAGGAUUGAGGAAGGGUAGUACAGGUCUUUACAGGUGUACCCACUGCAACAAACAAAUGAAUGGAAUCAGAAAGCUGUGGUAUCACCUGGAUUGCCACAGAGAGAGUGAGAAAAGGAGGACAAAGGCUGCAAAGACAACAGCAUCACUGGUCACUACGACAGCACCAGAGACCCAAUUCAUCAAAGACUGUGGGCAAGACAAACUUCUCACGUUUGAAACUGUGGCGGAACUGGCCAAGUGGAAUGCGGCACAAGUCGAGACCUUAACUUUGCCACCAAGUCCUCUGUCGUCACCUUCGAAACCCACUGAUGUAGAACAACCACAGCUGGAAUCGAGAGAAGUCAAGCACGCUUGCAAACGUUGUAGACGGACAUUCAAGUCCCUGAAAGGUUUGCGUUUGCAUGAGCGCAGCCAUGCAGCUGUGGCAGCCAUCCAGAAGCUGAACAAUCUGCCUACCUCAGUAUUAAAGCACAACAUCAACAAAUACGUCCUGUACAAAGCUGGGACUAUAAAGCCUUUCCGAUGUAGCUUCUGUUCCUAUCGGACAGCCGUCAUGGGCCUGUGGAGGAGUCAUUUUAUGAGAACACAUCAAGAUGUGAUUUCGGAUCAUGAUGAGACUGACAACCAAGAUGACGAGAGUACUCAGAGGGACGACAAGGAGCUCUUCAGCUCAUCAGAGGAUUUAAACAAUUGGCCUGAACCUGAUGAAGAACCUGAAAUAACUGAAAAAUCGCUGUACUUGGAGCCCCCAGAUGUGCAGCGACAGUUGGACCACUAUAACAUGGUGGCACAGGCUGAUGCCUCGUCUCAAUCAAAUGUGCUAGAAACCAAGUUACCUGACAGCAGACUUCUUCGAUGUGAGUUAUGCAAUUUCAGUACUGGAUACCUGUCUAGUAUGCGACGACACUACCUAAAUCGCCAUGGAAAGAAGAUCCUCAGGUGUAAGGACUGCGACUUUUUCACAGGUUUAAGGAAAACCCUGGAAAUGCACAUGGAGACAGGGCACUCUACAUGCCAGUCAGAACCCACUCAACAGAAGGACCUCCGCUGCCCUUUCUGCCUCUACCAGACCAAGAACAAGAAUAACAUGAUCGAUCACAUCGUCUUGCAUCGCGAGGAACGGGUUGUGCCAAUAGAGGUGCGUCGCUCGAAGCUGUCACGUUACCUUCAAGGCAUCGUUUUUCGUUGUCACAAAUGCACUUUCACAAGCGGAAGGGCUGACAACCUACGUUUGCACAUGACGAGGCAUGAUGACAUCAAACCCUACAAAUGUCGGCUGUGCUACUUCGACUGCACUCGGCUGAGCAACUUGGAGGCACACCUGAGUGAUAAGCAUCAGGUUCUGAGGAACAUGAGCUUUGGGUCGGUCAGUCUUGAACAGCUACAAGCAAGGGUUGAUAGGAUGCCGGUAGAGGAACAUUCGCCUAACUUGGAGCACCACUACAAUGUCAGUGAAGAUGUAGAAACUGAAGAGUUUGUCACAGACUGUGAUAAAGUUCCUCAUGAGACACAAGCUCAGAACCUGGCAGAAAAUAACACGAGGGAGAAAAUUACACUACAGAGCAUGAAAGCAUAUCCGAAGAAAGGCCAGGACAAAAGGAAAGAAGAAAGCCCUGCCAAGAGUUCUGUGUUGGACUUUCAGUAUGAAAACACAAAACCAAAUACUUCUGUCCAAGCGCAUGAGCAAGAACAAUAUGUUGUGGUCUUACCAGCACAACCAGAUAUUGAGGACAGCAGCAUAACGUUCACACGACAAAAGGUGGAGGCAGCUGAGGAGAGCUCACCAACAUUUGGUAAAAUAACUGAAAAAGUACAGGCCCACAAGCUACUCGAUAAUAAUCUUGAGCUUAAAAUGUUGAACAUUGAGGCUAGGGUAGAAGACGAUAUAGUUCGUAAUAUCCGACUGCUGGAUGAGGAUGGCAACAUCAACAUCACACACAAGAAGGCCGAUUGGGAUAGAACCGUUAAGACAGAGGACAUCGAGACUGAGGUUGUAGGUAAUGUUCAAAAUGAGAUGAUAUUACUGGAUGAAAAGGGCAGCAUCACUUUGGCCCACAACCCAAGAAAUCGUGUUUGUACGGAGGUAAUUUCAGCCUUUGUAAAGAAAGAACAUAUACAGGCAAAUAACAGCAGGGCGCAAGAAAGUUUUACAGUUAAAAGGCAUUUGCCAACCCCUCCGCCCACCUGUGAACUACAUAUGAUAUGGCAUAAGGAGAGCUUAGAUGUCUCGUUAACAAACUGCAAAAAAGAACAACUACACAAUGUGAUAGUCAGUAAGGAGGUAAGAGACCCCAAUCAAGAAAUGCCUGUACUUGAGAACGAGUAUCUCAAAGAAGAAAUGCAGCCUCAUGCUUGUAGCAAAAUGGAAGAUUCAAUUGAUCAUCUAAAGCGACAUCAGGACAAAGAAGAUGAGAUGAUCACUGAAGACGAUGAGAACAGAUGCCCAAAUCAGAAACAUGAGGGUGACGUGAUGAAGGAAGCUGUAAAUUCACAUGUGCCCGAAGGUGCACUCACAGUCACGGAUGGGGCAGGGGAAGACCUGUGCCCAGCAACUAUUGAAGACCAGCUGUUUACCUGUGAGCUUUGUGGACGAAACCUCAUUAACAAGUCUGAACUGCAGCGUCACAUCAUGCGACAUGGAAUAUAAAGUUUUUCUUUAUGUUGUGGAUGGGUUUUUGGUGUGGGAUGGGAAGCUAGAUUUGACUUUUUAAUAAACAGUCCUCUUCUCUCCAACUCUGAACUCUGAACUCUGUAAAUCUGGACAACCUGGUUACAAACAUUUUUCCUGUUUUGUAGAUUUUAAACUUUUUCUAAUAAAACGUUUUUAUUGUGCAGCUGCUAUAUGUAGGAUUUGUUGUGUUCAGCAAGUAAGCAAAUACAACUUUAGAGUCGAGAUGGUUGAUCUUAUUUAGAUUUUGUCUUGUUUAAAGAUCAUGUAUGUUCAUGGAUAACUAAUGCAAAGAUCCUCAUUUUUUCUAUUCCUGUUUUGUAAAAGGAUAUAUUAAUCAUUCAUACUGUAAAACAUGCAAAGAACUUAAGUCUUGAUAUAUACAUACAUAUGUAUAGACUAACCAGCCCUAAACCAACCUCAAAACCACUUUACAUGGAAAUACUUCUGCUGCCUUCAGGUACUGUUGGGUAUUUGAUAACAAAUUGUUGUGUACUUUGCCAGUGAGCAAGUUAACCGUUUCACUAGUACAAAAAUAAGGCAUUUGUUUAUUAUUCCAUGUAAAAUAAUGAACUGUUUCCGUUCAUCUUUUUUUUUUUAAUUUAUAAUUUACUUUCAUUGUAAAUAAACUGAAAGUGUGAUUGAUA